UUCGAUAGUCGCUAACGCAUACAACCCUGUGCGUGCAAUUCACACAAAAGAUGUAAUUUUGACAGCUGCUCUUUUCUGUUCUUUUCCGGUAACAACGUUCGCAAUGGGUCGCGUCAGAACCAAGACAGUGAAGAAGGCCGCCAAGGUCAUCAUCGAGAAGUACUACACACGCUUGACGUUGGAUUUCCACACCAACAAGCGUAUCUGCGAGGAGGUUGCUAUCAUUCCCACCAAGCCCCUCCGCAACAAGAUUGCCGGCUAUGUUACGCAUUUGAUGGGCCGUCUGCGUCACUCCCAGGUGCGUGGUAUUUCCAUUAAGCUGCAGGAGGAGGAGCGCGAGCGUCGUGAUAACUACGUGCCCGCUGUCUCGGCUCUGGAGCAGGACAUCAUUGAGGUCGAUGCCGAUACCAAGGAGAUGUUGAAGCUGUUGGACUUCCACAACAUUCGUGGCCUGCAGCUGACCCAGCCCAACACCAACAACUUUGGACGUCGCAAUUAGGUUUAGAUCGGAAGAUGGUGAUCCUUUAAAGAUGCCUGUUUUAUAAAA